AUGCGGAUCCACCUGUUCUCUACCUUCGUGGACCUGACGAAAGCUUUCGAAACGGUGAAUCGUGAAGGACUGUGGAAGACCAUGCAGAAAUUCGGCUGUCCGGAGCGAUUCACUCAGAUGGUGCGUCAGCUGCACGACGGUAUGAUGGCGCGAGUCACGGACAACGGAGCUGUCUCAGACGCAUUCGCAGUGACCAAUGGAGUGAAGCAGGGCUGUGUGCUGGCGCCUACCCUCUUCAGUCUCAUGUUCACUGCCAUGCUGAUGGACGCUCGCCUCGAUAAAUGCCCCGGGAUCCGCAUCGCCCACAGGACGGACGGUCGCCUUCUGAAUCAACGGCGGAUGCACUUCCAAUCCCGCGUAUCCACUACCACCGUUCACGAACUUCUCUUCGCCGACGACUGUGCCAUGAACACCACCUCGAAAGAGGACAUGCAAGGGAGCAUGGACCUCUUCUCCGCCGCCUGCGAGAACUUUGGUCUGGUCAUCAGCACGCAGAAGACGGCGGUUAUGCAUCAGCCGCCGCCUAGCACAGCCACUCUCCCCAACGCUCCGCAAAUCAGCGUGAACGGAACCCAGCUGCAAGUGCUAGAGAACUUCCCGUACCUGACAGCACCCUCUCCCGCAACACCAAAAUCGAUGACGAAGUGGCCCGCAGCAUCUCGACGGCCAGUCAAGCCUUCGGCCGCGUCCAAAGCACAAUUUGGAACCAUCAUAGUCCCCAACUGA